GAAAGCGGUCAAAAUUAACAGUUGAACCUAAUUUUGCGUUACUAUGACGGUGGCAGUUGCAGAAAGCGCAUAAUAAUUUCCCAAAACAAUAUCAGCUGUAUAUUUUCCCAAAACAUUACCCAUUUUUAUUCACACAACGGCAGAUAAGCGGCUGUCAGUUUUCACAAAAAGGAGGCGAAUACAUCUUCAAAACGUAAGUCAGAGAACGGAACGGUAGGCAAAGGUUGAAAAAGAUAAAAAGUGAAGGCAUAGAGAAAAUUUCGAGCAAAUUCUUUUCCUAUCAAUGCAAUCAAGGCUUUGAAGAUUAGUUGCAACAUCAAGCAAAACAAAAAAAUAUAUAAUUCAUUAUCAUUUAACAAAAUCAGCGUUUGGACGCUAUUCGGUGUCGAAAUAGUAUUGUGAUAAACAUUCUUGCUAUUGUUAUUUGAACAUUAUUCUGAUUGUGUGGUCGUCGUGUGACGGGAUAUUCGGAUUCAAUUUUACUGUGUUGGUCGUUGUAGCGGUGCUUGAGAAGUGCAAAAAAUGGAUAUCUUGCGUAAAAUGUUCAAAAUGAACGAAAAGGAGUCAUCAGGCUUGAACGGAACCGAUCAUAAGGAAGAUGCAACGGCAAAAGACGAGUUUCGGAAACCACAGUGGUUCGAGGAAGCGGAAACAGACGACGAGCUGUUUGAUGAUAACCGAAAGUUUGCAUUUCAAAUAUUCACUAAUCCUGUAGAGCUGCAGAAGCACUUCGAAAGACAAAUGCAGCAAAUUUUGGAGGCAGUUAGUGAAUUUGAAGAUGGUGAUGUUAAAAUUGACAAGGAUUUGAAGGAGGACUUUCUAAAGCCGGGCUUUGAAAAUAUUGAUAUUUUAAAAGAGUUUGAAAAGAAGAAAGCAGAAAUCAUGGACACUGAUCUAGAUGGCGAAAUUUAUGCUGACCAGUUGCAUUCCUUAAUGCAACGCUUAUCACCCAAUGAGGAUUUGCCUAACAUUUUACCACGCAACGACAACAAGGCUAUCCGUAAUCCUUUACGUAAGCAAAAAUUAAGCGACGAGGAGAAAAUUUUGGGUAAAAUACACGGUACCCUAGACAGUGAUGACGCUCCGAAGCAGCCACGUAUGCCGCGCACUCGUCCAGAUAUGAUGACACCAAUGACUCCCAUGAUACCACGUGGACCAGCCCCAUUUGGUGGAGGAGUUUUUGAAGGAACUUAUCAGGGUCCGAAAAUGUUCAGUCAGAGCGUAAUGUCUAAAACUAUACGUAAACCGGAUGGUAGUUAUGAGACUACGAAGGUUACCAAGGACUCCCAAGGUAAUACAACAACAACUAUAACACGCACCAUUGAUGGAAAAUCAGAAACAAUUACCACAUACGAUAACGCUGGUGGUUCCGGUGUCAUUAAGCAAAAGGAAGGUGACAUCUCCAAGUCCGAAGAUUUUUCGGAUCGCAAUAUUUACGUAACAAAAGAAGGUUACGCCGUACCAAGGAACCUCUGGUGACCAGUGGUGCUUAUUGGCCGAAUCCUUGUUGGCAACUUAUUACCCGUCUAUAUUCAAAUUCAGAUAUACUAUGUAUUAGUAACUAGAUCCUUAAGUGUUUGGUGUUUUAGAUGAAAUUCAAUUGAGGCUACAGAUAGCAGAUAGCAUUGCAAGAGCAGCAGCGGCAGCAAUAAUAACAGCAACAACACGGAUGACCGCAGCAUCCACACGUAUAACCGAAACAAAUACAGAAACAGUAUGGUAAACGUACACAGGUGAAUUUGGCAUUAUUAUUUGUUCAUCUUUUGAUGUAAAUUGGAAUUGUAUAAACGAUUUACAUAGGAUGUUCACUUUUUGAUGCAACACAUUCUAUUGUCUAUAAUCUCAAUAAGUGUACAAUUCUAUACUGGUUCUGUACUGUUUUCAUGGAAUUUAUUUCGUAUAUCUUAAUAUUUUAAUUUGAUUACGAGCAUCUUCAUGGAGCGUAAACAGAACUUUAUUUCGGAGACGUAUAUCUCUGGAUCAAACAAUUGACCUGCAAUUAUAUGAAUUCACUAGAAUUGUUUGAUGAACGCUGGCAUCAGCGUGAGGAUGAGAAAAGGAGUAUUGUUUAUUUGUUGAAACGAUUUACGUUUAACAUAUAUACAUCAACGAAAGAGUCGCGCAAAUGCUUAGCUACAUUGAACGACAGUGUCGUAAGAGUUCGGUUAUAUUUUAAUUAAAAAAAAAAAUAUGCGAAUGUAGUAAAUUGGCUCAGAAUAUGUUAAAUGACGGU